GGCAUCGGCCCCGCCCCCUCGCUGGGCUGCUCGGGCUCCGCCGGCGGCGGCUCAGAGCGGAGGCUGCGCACGUCUGUGAGUGUAGGGGACCGUCGGUAGUGAAGCGGCAGGUCCUGCGACCUCCUGCGCCCCCCAGCGUCCCUGGGUACUACCGGUGGGCCCUGGAGGGCCGAGGCCGGUGGGGGCCCCGCCCGCGCUCCCGCACGCAGGUGGGACUGAGCCCGCGGAGCAGGUGUGCCGCGCCGGGUGCUCGCGGGCCCGUCGGUCGGCGCAGCCGGCGGCAGCGGGGGCAGCCCUCGCGCGACGUUGACACGACGGUGCCAGAACGCGCGUGCUGUGCGUCUGGGGCGAGACCCCGAGCUCUGGAGCCUGAAAGGCUGGGAUCGGUUCCCGCUCCGUCACCUGUUAGGUGGCCUGGGUCCAGGUUUCAGCUUCUUGCAACAAAGUAGCCCUUGUGAAGUAGGAAGAAGGGCCCCUCUGUGAACAAUAGUUUUACCUGGAAGAGAAACCUCUCUGACUUAAGCUCUUUCUCCAGAGCUUCAGAGCAAGAGACAAGAUCCCAAGAAGAAGCAGAUCCUAGAUUUGCAUGAUCAGAAGCAGUUCUUGUUCCUCCUGCCCAGGCUGAGCCUUUACCAUUCCUAUGCUGUCCCAGGAGCCGCAGAAAAUGAAUACAUCUCAGGCCUCGGUGUCGUUCAAGGAUGUGACUGUGGAACUCUCCCCGGAGGAGUGGCAGCACAUGGGCCCUGCCCAGAGGACUCUGUACAGAGAGGUGAUGCUGGAGAACUAUAGCCACCUGGUCUCCGUGGGGUUCUGCUUUCCCAAACCAGAACUGAUCUUCACAUUGGAACAAGGAGAAGAUCCGUGGUCACUAGAGAAAGAGAAAGGAUUCCUAAACUGGAGUUCCCCUGCUGACACAACAUCUUUGUUGGUGUGUGGUGCUGAGGAUCGAACCCAGGCCGCAUGCAUGCCAGAAGACUCACAACCUGAUAAAGUCUCAGAAAAGAGCCCAGAAAAUCAAGGCAAACGUUUGUGGCAAGUUUUGUUCACCAACAGAUCAUUGACUACAGAGCAAGAGAUUCCAGAGAAACCAUGUAACCUGGAAAUAAAUAUUUUCCCUGCAAGAAUGAUGCCUUAUCAGUGUAUUGCUUCUGGGCCUACUUACCCGAGCCUCAGCCUUUUGGCCUCUUGCCGUCAGUAUUCAGGAGGAAAGACUUGUGAGCUUAACUUGUGUGAGGGGCGGCUCCUCAGUAUUAAGGGUCACACAACUAUACUUGGAGAGGAGUCUUUUGUCUGCAGUAAGAAUGUGAGAGCUCUUCAUUGUAAGGAGGAAGUUAUUCAGCCUCAGACAAUUCAGAAUUUCGGGCAGGAUUUUCAAUAUAAAGAACGAGGUAAAACUUUACUUGAAAAGGCUGCCCUCAUUACUUCUCCUGUGGUCCACCAAAAGGUGAAAUCGUAUAAAUUCAAUACGUUUGGAGAAAACCAAGGUGACAGAUCCACCUUUUUCAUCUCCCAGAGCAUUCAUCCAAAGGACAAGAGUCACAGUGAGCUUAAUGAAAGCAGGAAUAGUUUCAGUAGGACCACCCAAAGAACUGACACAGGAGGAAAACCCUUUGGCCACAAAUCCCACAUUAGAGGAGAGCAGAGAAUUAACUUUGAGGUGAAGCACUUUGAAUCUAAAAAAAAUUUCAGCCAUAAUUUACCCCCGCAAGUGCAUCAGAGAACUCACACAACAGAUAAACCCGCUGACCUUAACACGUGUGCAGAAACAUUAAGCUGCCAAUCAAUUUUUAAUGAGCAUCCAAGAACCCACAUAAGGGUGAAACCCUGUGAGUGUGAUGCAUGUGGGAAAUCCUGCUCUAUGGAUUUAUGCCUGAUGCGGCCUCAGAAAAGUCAGAGUGGGGAGAAACCUUAUGAAUGUCCUGACUGUGGGAAAGCUUUCAGUGAGAAGGCACGCCUAAGGAAACAUCAGAGAACUCACACAGGAGAGAAGCCAUACAGAUGUGACGGAUGUGAGAAGUCUUUCAGUGCAAAGUCAGGCCUCAGAAUCCAUCAAAGAACCCACACGGGGGAGAAACCCUUCGAAUGUCAUGAAUGUGGGAAGUCUUUCAACUAUAAGUCAAUCCUCAUAGUCCACCAGAGAACGCACACGGGAGAGAAACCCUUUGAAUGCAGUGAAUGUGGCAAGUCUUUCAGCCACAUGUCAGGCCUUAGGAAUCACCGGAGAACUCAUACAGGGGAGAGACCCUAUCAAUGUGAUGAGUGUGGGAAAGCUUUCAAACUGAAGUCAGGCCUAAGAAAGCACCACCGAACACACACAGGGGAGAAGCCCUACAAAUGUAAUCAGUGCGGAAAAGCUUUUGGACAGAAAUCACAGCUUAGAGGGCACAACAGAAUUCACACAGGGGAGAAACCCUACACCUGCAGUCACUGCGGGGAAGCGUUCAGUCAGAAGUCAAACCUCAGAGUACAUCACAGAACUCACACUGGGGAGAAACCCUAUAAAUGUGAUGAGUGUGGGAAAACCUUCAGGCAGAAAUCAAAUCUCCGAGGACACCAGAGAACUCACACCGGGGAGAAGCCCUAUGACUGUAAUGAAUGUGGAAAAGCUUUUAGUGAGAAGUCAGUGCUGAGAAAGCACCAGCGGACUCACACGGGGGAGAAACCCUACACCUGUACUCAGUGUGGGGAAGCUUUCAGUCAGAAAUCAAACCUCAGAGUACACCAGAGAACUCACACAGGAGAGAAACCUUACAAAUGUGAUAAAUGUGGGAAAACUUUCAGCCAGAAAUCAAGCCUUAGAGAACAUCAAAAAGCCCAUGCAGGAUUGAAUCUGUAUGAGUGCACCAAUUGUGGAAAGUCUUCCUUUGAGAAGUCAUCCCUGGAGGAACACAAUAAAUAUAACACUGCUAUGAAACCCUAUAGAUGUAGUGAAUGUGGGAAAUCCUUUUGUCAGAAAGGCCAUCUCAUUCAGCACCAGAGAACUCACACAGGAGAGAAACCAUUUGAAUGUAAUGAAUGUGGAAAAACUUUCUCCCAAAAGUCCCACCUCAAUACACAUCAAAGAAUUCACACAGCAGAGAAACCCUAUAAGUGUAAUGAAUGUGGGAAGACAUUUGUCCAAAAGUCAACCCUCAGGGGACAUCUGAGAAUCCACACAGGAGAGAAACCCUAUGAAUGUAUUGAGUGUGGGAAAACUUUUGUUCAGAAGUCAACCCUCAGAGAUCAUCACAGAAUUCACACAGGGGAGAAAUCCUUUCAUUGUAAUGAAUGUGGAAAAACUUUUGGCCAGAAAUCUAACCUCAGAAUACAUCAAAGAACUCAUAGUGGGGAGAAGACAUACCAGUGUAAUGAAUGUGAAAAAUCCUUCUGGCGCAAAGAUCAUCUAAUUCAACAUCAGAAAACUCACACAGGAGAGAAACCAUUUCAGUGUAAUGAGUGUGGGAAAACCUUUGCCCGGACAUCAACCCUCAGAGUGCAUCAGAGAAUUCAUACUGGGGAGAAACCAUUUAAAUGUAAUGAGUGUGGGAAAAAGUUUGUACGGAAAGCAAUCCUUAGUGAUCAUCAGAGAAUUCAUACAGGGGAGAAACCCUUUCAGUGUAAUAAAUGUGGGAAGAUGUUUGGGCAGAAAUCAAACCUCAGAAUACAUCAGAGAAUUCACAGUGGGGAGAAAGCUUAUGAGUGCAGUGAGUAUGGAAAAGUGUAUAAGUCAACUCUAUGUCAGAGAACUCAGGGAGGAAGGAAACUCUAUUGAUAACUAUGGAAAAUAUUUCUGACAAAGAUGGAUAUGACAACAGAAGAUAUCCAGGAAAUUCAAUUGGAAAUACACACAUGCUAAUAGUUCCAGAAAUUAACCCUUACAGUACAACUGUUUACAUAAGGAAAAAAACCAAUGGAUGUCAGCAUAGGAAGAGUUCUGUCUAGAAGGCAGUGCUAAGAUAUAUCAAAGAAUUCACAAAGACUUCUGUUUUUUCAGAGGACAAUACAAAGUCCUUUUGAAUGAAGUCAUACCCUUUUAGAUAAUUCAUGCAUCAGUCUGUUAAUCUGUUCAACAGUAAUUUUCAUUUUAUUUUUCUUUAAGGAACACAGCUAGUCUAAAUUCUCUGAACUUCCCUUUCACCCAAGAGGGAUUUGUGAUAGGCUGCUGGAAUGAGAAUGCCUGUGAUGUAUGCCAUAACCUGAUCUUACAAAUCAGAGGUCUUCCUGAGAAGCUUCCAGGGACCUGUAAGAAUAAAAUGAAUGAUUUCUGGGUUGUCAUGCCUUAAUGUGGCAUAGCCCAAGGUAAGAAAGGCCAGCAUGCCUGAAUAAAUUGAUAAGAGAGAAGUUGUCUUCCAUAUCUUUGCUGGUGAAAAAUAUUUUGAGCAAAAAUUAGACUUUAUUCUAUUGAAGUUUUGCAUGUCUUGAUGUAUUUGUUUCUACAUCUAGUUUAGCUCUCACUCUGUUAGGAAGGCAGAAUAUGAGUAUGUAAACCAAGUCUAAGUCAUCCAGAGGACACCAGCCUCAUCAGAAGACUACUGGGUUGAGGAGUCUCUCCAGGAUGAUCAGAGAAUUCAUACAAAAGUCAUCCUUUCCAUAUAUUGAAGUAGAUGGUAUCACUUGAUACAGUGUUGUAGAUGAACCUGAAGUGUUGAGAGAGGAAUUUUUGUUGGUUGAUUUGGGUUGAAUGGUGAACAGCCACCAUACAGCUCAAACGAACUAUUGUUGAAUGGCAUAAAACCACUUCCUUCAGUCCUAUACCACAGCCUUACUCUUUAAAGAUUAAGGUUUCCUUAUCAGGGCUGGAAACCUGAGUAUUCUAGGGUGAUGUCUGGGACGGGAAAAGACUCAAAUGUUUAUGGCUUUAUUGGAUACAAGUGCCCAAGUCCACAACUUGCCAAUUCUGAUGGAGGUAGGGGCCCCUAGAUUUAGCUAAUAUGGUUUGGAAGGGAAACAAAAGUAACUUGGUGGAUGGAACUGUUUAGGCCAUUGCAAUCAAUAUACUGUGGUUACUUCUAUAUCUCAAAGUGUAGUAGUGCUGGGGAUGUGGCACAGUGAUAAGGUGCUUGCCUAGCAUGUAUGAGGCCCUUGGUUCAAUCCCCCCAUUGCAAAAAAAAAAA